AUGAGUGCGCCCACCUCUUCCGGCAGCGCCACAGCAGACUCCGCCGCCACCAACCCUUACCAACCAGGACUUACCUCCUCAACCGUCCUCGAUGCCCCGCGACGAGAGCCCGCCGCCGCCGCCGCCGGUGCCCCCCAACUCCCCGGUCAACCGCUAACCUCGGAUCGCGAGGCUACCAAGAAGCGCGUCCUGGCUGCUCUGCGAAACUUUCCCGACUUCCCCAUUCCCGGCAUCGACUUCAUCGACAUCCUGCCCAUCUUCCAGGACCCAAAGACCUUUGACGCUCUGCUCCAGGUUCUCGAGCUGCAGAUCAGGGAGACCCUGGGCUACGUUCCCGAUGUUAUUGUCGGCCUCGAUGCCCGCGGUUUCCUCUUUGGCCCCUCUCUGGCUCUGCGAUUGAACUGCUCCUUUGUUACUGUUCGCAAGAAGGGCAAGGUUCCUGGUCCCACCGUGACUGCCGCGUACGAGAAGGAAUACGGCACAGACUACUUCCAGAUGCAGUCGGACGCUAUCAAGCCGGGACAGAAGGUCCUGGUUGUCGACGACAUCAUCGCUACUGGAGGUUCCGCUGCUGCCGCAGCUUCUCUUAUCAGCCAGCUCGGAGGAACUCUGGCUGGAUAUCUCUUCAUGAUUGAGAUCUCGCCUCUCAAGGGCCGCGAGAAGUUGGGCGACUACCCCAUCCUCACUCUUCUCGACACUGCUGCCUAA